GAAACGUUACCCAUUCCGACUGCGAUUCCGACCGCGAAUUACAAGGACCUUGCGAUCAUAUUUCUGGGCCGAAUUGAUAGGAUCCCGUCUGGGUAGCAGGAAAAGGAGUGUUUGGUUUAGGAAGGCGGUUUGCGUCAAGCGCAUUCACGAGCAUAGACAACUCGAAACGGACGCGGUUACGACCCAAUUAUCCGUUGCGUGGAAAUCGCAUACGUCUCGGGAACCAAAGCAGUUCGCAUCAGGGCAACGCAAGAGGAGGACACAAUGGACGAGAACAACAGGAUAACAAUCACGGUGUGUGGAGAUGGAGGCUGUGGAAAAAGUUCGAUUACACUACGGCUUGUGAGGAGUCAAUGGACAUCUGAGUACGAUCCUACGAUAGAAGACUCCUACUCCGUAACUCGAACCGUCGAUGGAGUCCCUUACUACCUCAUGCUCACCGACACCGCGGGCCAAGAAGAAUACCGGGGUCUCUGGGCAGCUUCGAACCUACAGUCCGACGCGUUUCUCCUCGUUUACGACAUAACAUCUGCCAACUCGCUCGACGCGCUAGAUUACUUCAUGGAGAUGAUAGAAAUGGAGACAGAAAAUCGAUUAGACAAUGGCAAGAUACCACCGAUCAAGUGCGUAGUAGGCAACAAGUGCGAUUUACAAGGGCAAAGAGUCGUAGAGGCAAAAACAGGCCUCGAGUGGGCGAGACGAAGAAAGUGUGGCUUCAUGGAAACGAGUGCGAGGGAGAUGGUCAACAUCGAAGAGACUUUUGCCUUACUCGUACGUCGUGUAGUAGAAGCACGCCGGCUCACUGCUGGAGACGGUCCUGCGAAUCGAACUGCCGCUCUGCCUCUUCACUCGAACCCGAACCGAGACCCAAAUGACUAUGCGGCCCAUACACAGAAUGAAAAGGAUAGCGAGGAUGAGCCGAAACAGAGCUUUUGGAGGAAGCUCAAGUGCUGGUAGUCACGUUGAAUGUUUCUACGCAUUACGAAUGGCCUGAGAUGCUGCAUGGGGCAUGCAAAAUGAUCCUGCGUCUUCUCUGAACGUUUUGUCUGGAUCACAUCAAAAAUGUCGCGAGAGGUUCCUCUAGACUCGUUGGUAGUCUGUUGUUCUCCUGUUGAACCCGGAGAAGCUUGCUCGACCCUUCUCUU